AUGCUCCCACUAGAUCGAAUAGUUAGCACUUUAGAUCUCCGCGCACUUCUUUGGGAAGUUCAUCUCCUGCCCCAGUCGCAGUAUCUUAGAUCCCAAGUUUCGGGCGGCCGGGUCGAGGUCGUCGAUUGCCCAACGCGCAAACUACCAACCGCGCCGGUAGUUUUUCAACCUAGGGAGAUCGGAGACGUCAUGCUCUGCAACGAGGUGGAGUCUGCGUCACCGGUCACAGCUUUGCCAACGCUGACAAAGCUGCAAGCACAUCGUCGUUUGUGCCACCUUUUCAACCACGAAGCACCAUUUCCUACUUCUUGCGACUGUCCAGAAUGCGCUCUCACCAAGGGUCGCAAGAAGGGCAGUAAAAACGAAAGAACCACUACCCUUGCCGCGCAAGGCAGCACAGCACCACUUCGACAAAUCAACACCGACUUCUACGGACCAAUGCCGUUGGAAUCAAUCCGGCGGUGCAAACUCUUUCAAGUUUUCAUUUGUGACGCAGUCGCUCAUGUUUGGGUCUUUCCAGUUCGACACCGCAACGAAUGCGUCGAACUCGCGCAAAAACUUGUCACGCAAGUACGAGCAACAGAUGGCGAAUUCAUCGGGGAGAAAGUAAUCCGGAUCAUUCGUUCUGACAAUGACACAGUUUACCGAUCGGAGGAAAAUUCUUCACAGUUGCAGCAGCUCGAAGUUGACAAAGACCACAGCAUUCCCUACUGUCCUCAACUCAACGCAGUAGCGGAGCGGUUCAUGCAAUCACUCGGAACUAAUCUCAGAGCUGUGCUCUGUGGGGCCGAUCAUAGACUUCACUGCUACGCAGGAGAGUACAUAGCAGCAGUCUGGAACAGGAUUGCACGAAAAGAGUACAAGCGCGCUCCUGAGUAUAACGGCAUGUCACCACUACAAGCACGACUUCGUAGAACUGAUCCCAAGAGGAAUAGCGAACCAGUAGCAUUACGAGAAGAACGCGAGCAGUGGCAGAGUCAGCUGCGUCGUUUCGGCUGUCUCGCUUACGUAAUGCUACAGCCACGCGAAAAGGUUCAGAAAGGACAACCGAAAUACCGAAAAGCAGUAUUUCUGGGUCUCUCGAAAAACAAUUCUGCCUGGCUCUUCGGAGUAGUACAAAAAGACAGCAGGACAGCAGCAGGCACGAACUGGCAGGAAAUCGAGAGCAGAGACGCGAAGUUCGUUGAGGAGGUCGUCAUCUCCGACAUCGACAAACUACUACCAGAAACCGAAGGCGUUUACGUAACAGACGAGAAGUUGCUUAGUCUUGCCUGUGGUUCGACCUGUGGGCCGGGUUCGGUGGUUCAGGUUGCGCAGCCUGGUGCCUCGGAUCUGCCUGCGGGUCGUGACUCGAGUGGGAUUGACACUUUAGCACCGGUAGCACCAUCGCGCAAUAACAGUAAACGUAGUAAGGAUUCCGAUUUUGUAGUGGAGAUCCCUCCUGCCGAGCAGAAGCACGAUGCUGCGGAGGAGGAAGAUAGUAGUGACGACGAGAAAGAAGAAAAGUCAGUGGCGAUCCCGCAUGGUAGGAAAGACGCGAGCCCUGAGGUUGUUUACGGACCGCCAGUACGGCGCGGACGUGGCAGACCGCCAGGAAGUAAGGACAAGAAGCCCAGGAAGAAAAGGCAGAAGAAGAAGCAGAAAAAUCGCAAUAAUCAUUCAUCUUGUGACGCACACUUCGCGCGUGCUGAUUUUGAAGCUCAAUUUCGCGAAAACUUCUGCGCCUUUGCCGAUUUGAAUUCCCUGGAAGAAGACGAGCAAUUUAUAGAGGCAUUUCUGAUGAUCACCAUGGCGGAAGCGCUUCGAGCACCAGACGCACCAUCCUGGUUGCAGGCGAUGGACAGAGAGAAGCUGAAGCAGGAAGCAUAUAAAGUAUGGCGAGAGUUAACUGAUGAAGAAAUGAAAAAGGAAAAACAAAUCUUGCCAAUCGCGAUGGUGCUAACGAGAAAAAGAGACGGAUCCUACAAGGCGAGGGCGGUAGUUCUAGGAAAUCUCGUCAAGGACGAUGGGACGACAGAGAUCUACGCGCCGGUAGUAAGUUUCGCAGGUAACAGAUACCUGAUGACCGAAGCAGCAGCAGAGGGCGACUACGUGUUACCGUACGACAUCGACGUCGCGUUUUUGCAUGCGGAAUUAGACGAGGAGGUCUAUGUCCGACUACCACCACAGUGGGUCAAGAACAACGAGAACAGCGUAAAGCGACUAGUCAAGGCACUCUACGGACUCAAGCAGAGUCCUCGCGCAUGGUUCAAGCGGUACGAAAAAGAACUUCUUGCGCUAGGCUGGGAGCAAGCAAAAGACGAACCAGGACUCUGGAAGAAGCCCAGUGUCAAAGUUCCCAGCAAGUUCCUCAAGCUUUCAGUCUACGUAGAUGACAAUGUCGGAACAGGCCCGCACAAGCAGGAACUCGACCAAGAGUUAGCGCAAGUCAUGCAAAAGUUUCCUGGUAAAUACAUUCCCUACGACGACCUAGGAGAGGGAUGGAAAAGAUGGGACAUUCUCGGUGGCGACUUCAUCUACCGCCGAGAAACUCGCGAACUCAAAAUCAACAUGAGUCGUUAUAUCGUGAAAAUGGCCGAGCGUUUCGGUCUUAAGGAGGCAAAGCCGGCAUCCUCCCCAUCGUUUUCCGAAGCAGCACUACUUGAAAACGAAGACAAAGUGGUCAAAUUUCCAUUCCGUGAAGCAGUAGGCGCACUUCAGUGGUGUGUCAGCGUGUGUCGGGCGGAUGUGUGUCAACCAGUGAACACACUCGCCAGGUGCGUGAGUAGACCAACAACACGAGCAAAGGUCAAUGCCAUCAAGAAGAUAAUCCGUUAUCUCGUCGCAACGAAAGACGACGGCGUUACGUACAGCCCGGCACAGGAACAGGAAUUUCGAAAAAUUUAUCAGGAUUUGCUUCCCGCUGGUGAUCGUCUUCCUCACUCGAACACCUUCGGCGAUGCAUCAUUCGCAUCAGAUUCAGUCACCAUGAGAUCAGUCAGCGGCACUGUUGUUUACUACAGAUCAGUCCCGAUCAUGUGGAAAAGUUCGAGACAAACAGUGCGAGCGUACAGCACAAGCGAAGCGGAGCACAUCGCAGCUAGUGACAGUCUAGUUGUGACGGAAGGCGCUUCAUUUUUAGAGUUCUUCAACCCCCACCCCCUCAGCGACGAAAUCGAUUUUCGUCUAUGGUGUGACAACACGUCUGCAAUUUCGGUUGCUAACGCGAAGGAAACACGACCAAAGAGUCGUCACUACGCACUUCGCUGGUGGCGUGUGAAGGAUGCAGCAAAACGGUUGUGCUUUUGUCCGACUCAUCUGCAGCGCGCGGAUGCUUUGACGAAGCAAGCCACGAGGGCACAGCGCAACAUGUUGAUCCACACGACCGAAAUCUCGCCUGAGUUCGAUGACGACUACGACGAUGACGAUACGGAGACCGGUACGGCUCUCCUGGUCUGGGUAAUGCCGUAGCCAUUUGCCAACGUUCGAACUGCUGCGGGGGGGAAUGUUGGACGACUGUAGUCCCGAUGUUCCAUGAAGAUGCUGAAUGCGAAACAGCAUGAAGAUCCAUCCACUUUUGGUCCCGUUUGGACGCAAGAUGAUCAGAUGAUGAUGAUGUCCAUAGCUCCUGUUUGAGCAUAUUCCAGUACAUGAUGAUGAUGUACUCAGGUCGUGUUUAGACGACGAAGCAUCGUGAAUCCCGAUGCUAUGGCACGACUGCAAUCAAUCGAUACAUUCGGAACCUUGUACGCUUUCAGGCUUAGGAGUUGCACGCAAGAGCUGAAGGCUCUCGGAACGUAAACACACCGCACGCGAACCCGCGUGCUAUGCUUACCACGCAUCACAUUCUGCACUGUAUGAAGAUCGUGAGUUCAUUCCAACCGACCAAUGAUCAUGUCGCAUUCGCACCCAGGCUAGAGAGAUUCUGAGUGGCUUUCAGACA